AUGAGCACAGAAACACCAAGUCGCGAGAAUAGCCAGUUACCUGGCACUACCCCCAUGAUAGACUAUGGUAUGGCAAUGGAACUGCUACAACAACAUUACAAACGCAGAUCGACCAAGGCCUGUGACCACUGCAGAAAACGGAAGAUAAGAUGUGACGAGGUAAAUCCAGUAACCAAUAAAUGCUCAAACUGCGUAAAGUUUAAAGUGGAAUGUACAUUUAAGUUCCAUGAGGAAUUGCAGACAAAGAAGAAGAGGAUGUAUGAACUCAAAGCUAUCGAGAAAGCGAACAAAAAGGCCAAAAAGAGGCCAUAUAGGAAAAGAAAUAGAGAUGCUAAACAAGAUUCAAAUACUACAGAUGAGGCUUCACAAACGUCAGCCAAUACCAAGACUGUUUCGCCCAUUUAUAGUGAUGCACAGCAACAUACUGAAAUUACCAAUCACUUUUUGGCUGAGGAGAAUGGUAAGCCUGUGAUUACCAAUGAUGAACAGCAUUUUAUUCAUCAAUAUAAUUAUCAACAACCUACUGCAUUCCACAAUUACUCUCAUUCCAUGCCUUCUUUCCAGAAUAUGUCCCCCCAACACAACCAAUAUAAUGCAAAGAACGACUUUAAUAUGCACCAGCCUGCUGUUUCCUAUGCCAAUGGAGAACAUCAGUUACCAAAUUUAGAAAACAACAACAUACCGAAUGCUAUUCACAACCCAUCAUUAGUAGUUGACGAAGACACCCUAGCUGCUGUCAAUGACCAAAUUACCAAGAUUGAUAGAAAACUCAAGGGUAUUGUUAAUGCAAAUGUAUAUAUUCAGAAAUGUAUGGAUUCACUUCAGAGUGAAGAUAACUCGAAGGAAAGGGCAAAUGAUCAACCUACUAUGCCAGUUACGAAACAAUAUACAACACUUCUGUUCACUACCCAAAAUAUGCUUUAUAUAAAAAAAAAGUUUUUUGGGCAAUCUAAUCCUUCAAGUAAUUUUGACAUUGACGGUAAUUUUUUAACUAAAGAUGAACUAAAUCAAUAUUCCAAUGAUACUUCCGAGAGUGGAAACAACGGCAAUUAUUCCAAUAUCCUCGCUGAAAAGGAUUUUAUGCCAGCAUUAAAAGACAUAUUUGCAGUAUAUCUGAAGUAUUAUGUUGUACAAAUGACUAAAGUAAUGGAAUUUUCUUCUAUGCCGACUCUAAAACCGGGAAAUAAGCUUUGUAACAUUAUCUCAAGAGAACAAGCAUCUGCUUUGAUAUCAAGCUUUCAAACACUUUUAAUUUCCUCUUCAAUAUUUCCCACAGACGGCAAAGAAUGCUCAAAUCUGGUGGAUAGGUACUUUCGAAACAACGGAAAUGGGCUUACAAAGCCAGAGUAUCUUUUGGUUAAUAUUUGCAUAUGUCUCGGAGCUCAGAAAAUGCGUAGUCAAAUUCUUAGAGGUAAAAAGGAAGCGCGUCAACUCGAGAAAGAUCUAUUACUAAAAGUAAAAAACCUAACGCUGCUGAACUCUGUGUAUUUCUUUCACAAAAUGACAAUUUCCAACAUUUGCAUCACCUCAUUACAAGGCCUUUUGCUACUUUGUCAUUAUAUUCAGAUAUAUAUCAAUACCGAAACAGCGGCAGGUGUACUUGUAGAGGCAGUGAAUAUGGCAAUAUCUUUAGAGCUACAUCUUCACAAAUCUUAUGAAGGGUUGAGCCCACUAGAGUUGAUUAAAAGGAGAGUACUAUGGUCUUAUUGUUUUUCUGUUGACAAGUAUUAUUCUCUUAUUUUAUCCCGCCCACCACUAGUAAGAAAUGAAAACACUGAUGUUUUAUCCCCAGAGGUUUUUUUUGAAACAGUUACAGUCAAUAUUCUUCCAACAAUCACAUAUAAUCCAGAUCUCUUGAAGAACGACACACCAGAAAACAGAACCGAAGCAUUGAAUAUUCUAUUAUCCCAUUAUGAAUUUAUGCCAGCGGUACUUGCAUAUUUUAAAGUCAAGCUUGUUAAGGUAGAACUUUCACUCUAUGAAACAUGCUUUUCGGUUAGAAGUACACUGGAUAAUACCUUUGAUCAAAUAAUUGACAAGGUCUUGAAAAUUAAGGCAGAAUUGGAUUCUUGGAGAGAGAGCUUACCUUCUAUGCUAAAACUGGAAAGCUAUAUCCAAUACAUAUCAUUACUACACUCUCAAAUACCGGAAGACAAUACUUUACCCAAUCCAGUCAAUAUGCAAUGCAGUGUGCUAAAUCUACAUUUUCGGUAUUAUUAUCUCAUAACUAACCUUAGCUUGUUUAUUGACACAUUCCUAAGUGAUAAUAAAAACCUUUGGAACGGCUCUAAGCACAACAUCAGCCAAGUUUCACAAAUAUUCCAUAACAAAGCUAAAGACAAAAGUAUCAAAGUUCUCACAUUAUUUUUAUCGCUGGACUAUGAACCUGAUCUAUAUUCCGAACUGUCCUAUUAUUUCCUAACAUGCCUCUUUGUGGUAUUAUUAUACGUUAUAAAAAAUCUAAACAAGACAUCAAAUAAUUGUGAGAUGGUAUAUCUCAUUAAUUUGCUAAACGACUGCCAUAAAUUUAUAAUCGGAAAUGUGGAAAAUCUACUAGUUUCUGAGGACAUGAAGUGGAAUAUGUCGAUUUUCUUUUUCACAUAUUUGAUGCAUGCUAUAACAAAAAACUUCAAAAACGACGAAACAUCCAAGCAAAACUUCCAGCUAGAUUUUGUGUUUUUGGGCCCAUUAUUGGCAAGAUUAGUGAGGACUAAAACAACAAUCAAGCAGGAUAUUCUAAAGCAAUUAGAAUCUUUUGUUAACAUAAUGGGGCUUUAUAAAGAGGAUGGAAAUGACAUUUUUGGAACACAAAACUUUGGUGAGUCAUCAGCCACCGUAUUACCUAAUGGCAAUUAUCUUGAAGAAUUGGACAUAUUUUCCAAAUUCAAUUCUGAAGCGCUAAAGAUUUUGAGAACACCCAUUUUCGGAACAGGGAAUGUAAUUAAUUGCCACGGAAAUGAACUUUCUGUACGCGAUGAAGAACUUACCAAAGAGAGAGAUAUCGAAGGCCGUUCUAUCCUACCGCUUGAUCUCGAUGAGUCCGAGAGUUUUGGUACCAGCCCAUAUGAUAGCAUUGACGAGUUCCAAGAUUUCUUGCUUCAGGGUGUGUUUUUUUAUGAUAGAGAUAUGCUUUUUUCUAACCACGGCUAA